UAUCCUGUUGUGCCUGAGAGAGGCUCAGUGCUAAGAACUCGAGUGCCUGGCCUGUUCUUCUCACAUUUCUGGUCGUUGUUUUACAUUCUUCUGUGCUUUCUGCAAAAUCCACUUUCUCUAGACUUAAUUAGAAACUUUUGAAGCACACUAUGCUAAAAAUGCCUCGUCUUCUUACAGCUCUCUGGCUGCAGCUUUAUUUUUGCAGCUUUUUAGGACCAGUGGAAGGAGGUAAGGUCCUGGUGAUGCCCGUGGACGGCAGCCAUUGGCUCAGUAUGAAGAUCCUGGUGGAGGAAUUGUCUCGGAGAGGACAUGAAAUGGUGGUUCUGGUUCCUGAGACCAGUGUGUUGAUCCACGGCUCUGACGCAUUCACCGCUCGAGCUUUUAAGGUUCCCUACACCAAGGCUGAACUGGAUGGCAGCAUGAAAGGGAUGAAGGAGAGCAUUACGACAGCACCAAAGAUCUCUGACUUAUUUCAGAAAGUCAUCGGGCUCCUCAGCUUCACUAACAUGCAGGUGAAAGGAUGCGAGGCGCUGCUGUAUAAUGAGCCUCUGAUGCAGAACCUGCGUGAAGAAGACUUUGAUAUCAUGCUCACCGAUCCCUUCCUGCCUUGUGGCCCCAUCAUCGCCGAGGCUUUCUCUCUUCCUGCAGUUUACUUCCUGCGUGGACUUCCCUGUGGAUUGGAUCUGGAAGCCGCUCAGUGCCCGUCACCUCCGUCCUACGUCCCGCGCUAUUUAACAGACAACCCCGACAUCAUGACGUUUCCUCAGAGGGUCAAGAAUGUGCUUAAGGCGGGAUUCGAUGCUAUUCUCUGCAGAGUACUUUUCUCCAGCUUUGAUGAACUCACCAGCAGAUAUCUCAAGAAGGAUGUUUCAUUUAAAGAUGUCCUCGGACAUGCUGCGAUUUGGCUUCAUAGAUAUGACUUCACCUUUGAGUACCCGAGACCUGUAAUGCCCAAUAUGGUGAGAAUUGGGGGCAUCAACUGUGCCAAGAAGAAACCUCUGCCUGCGGAGCUGGAGGCGUUUGUGGAUGGCUCUGGAGAUCAUGGCUUCAUCGUGUUCACUUUGGGCUCUUUCGUGUCUGAGCUGCCAGAGGUCAAAGCCCGAGAGUUUUUCGAGGCUUUUAGACAGAUUCCUCAGAGGGUUCUGUGGAGAUACACCGGAGUCAUUCCCAAAGACAUUCCAGAAAAUGUCAAAGUGAUGAAGUGGCUUCCGCAGAACGACCUCUUAGCACACCCCAAGGCCAAGGUGUUCAUCACACAUGGAGGGUCCCACGGGAUCUACGAGGUUAUCUGUAACGGCGUGCCAAUGGUGAUGAUCCCCCUCUUUGGAGAUCAGAGAGACAACGUUAACCACAUGGUGGUGCGCGGAGUCGCAGAGAGCCUGACCAUGUACGACCUGACCUCAGAGAAACUGCUGGGGGCACUCAGAAAAGUCCUCAACGACAAGAGCUAUAAAGAGAAGAUAACAGAGCUCUCUAGGAUCCAUAAAGACCGUCCAAUCGAACCGCUGGACUUGGCCGUAUUCUGGACUGAGUUUGUGAUGAGACAUGGGGGAGCUGAGUAUCUCAGACCGGCCGCUCACCAUCUCAACUGGGUUCAGUACCACAGUCUCGACGUCAUCGGGUUCCUCUUGCUCGUUCUAGCCACCUUCAUUUUUAUUACCAUCAAAACCUGCACUUUCUGUUUCAGGAAGUGCUUCAGGAGGACUCACAAGACCAAAAAGGAGUGAGGUGGCCAGUGAAAGAUCAGGAAACUAAUCAGUUCGGUGCUGACUAUAAUGGUGAUGAUUUAUGGCUAUGACAUUAUACUGUGAUAAUCUGAAAUAGUUAUACUGUUAUCAUCAAUAUAUUAAUUUUAAUACUCAGAGAUGCCAAAAUUUACAGUUUAUGGUUCAUAACUCGCUGCUAUGGCACAUUAAAAAAAAAAACCUAUGAUUCGUAACAUUUUCAGCUAAUGUGUCACUCAAAUGCAAGUCAAAUUCACUUGGUGAAAAGCUGAUUCACAUAAGGGGAAAGAACGCAGAGCGUGAAAGAUGCACUAUUUGCUGGAAGCACUUACUUUCACUUCACAGUGACUUUUGAUAGGUGAAGUUUGACCUGUGAUUAACGAGCCUUCGUCGAGCCAAUAAUUAUUAACUAUAAUACACUGAAAUUUUGCAUUUAUUUUGGUUUAAUUUAAUUUGAAUCAAUUUAUUUCUGUAAAGCUGCUUUGUGACAAUGUCCACUGUUAAAAGCGCUAUAUAAAUAAAAAUGAAUUGAAUUGUAUUAACAGAAAGGUCAUUCAGUGUUGAAUAAUACAAAUGCAGGAUUAGAUGAAUUAUAUUAAUUUUGCAAUAAUUGUGUCAAAUAAGUUUAAAUGCUAAGUUUUAUCAUUUUUGCUGUCAAAUGGAUUUAUCCCAUCCACAGACACAGGCAUGUUCAAAUUCAUUUUUUUCUCCCUACAAUGCAAAUUUUCUUUUCAGCAAUAUCGGCAACUCUGAAUAUGCUAUAGGAUUUCUAAAAAAACAUCUUGGCUUACUUUUUAAAGAGAUAAACAGAGAUAAACUACUGAAGGGGCUACUCUUAACACAGACACAUUAAACGAUUUUCUAAUUGUUCC